CACUAAACACGGUCCAAAACAGGAGUUGGUGACACAAUCACCGUCACAGAAGUCAUCAAACGCUGCGGCCUCGCCGGAAAUAAAUAUACCUCCUCUUCUCCACAUCACUCACUAUUAGGGCUAUUAACAUCUCAGGUUUAUUUUUUGAAUUGGCUAAGGAUUUAUACCGCUGAGGGUUUCUGUCGGCUGAAGACGGUCUGCUUUCAGGUUGGCAGGAGCCCAAAGUGACCCUAACGAGUUGCAACCUUGGAUAAGUGAAGAAAUCAAUGGUGGUCUAAUUUGGCGUUGUUCAACAAGUAUGCCAGGCAUACCUUUAGUUUCUCGUGAAGCCAACUAUUCUAGAGACUCAGAAAUUCGGGUUCAUUUGUCUGAAGAAGAACAAAGGGCAGCUGAAGAAAGCCUCUCAGUUUAUUGCAGGCCUGUAGAAUUUUACAACCUUCUUCAAGUCCGGGCCAAAAACAAUCCAUUAUUUCUAACAAGAUGUUUGCACUACAAGAUAAAAGAGAAGCACAAGAGAAGGGUACAAGUAUCGGUAUCUAUAAGUAGACCGAUUGAUGGUGGACUGCAAACGCAGUCUCUUUAUCCGUUGUAUAUACUGUUGGCAAGAUCGGUGCCUACUCCUAAUGGGGAGACGAUGCGAUCUAACUGUUAUCGGUUCAAACGAGCCUGCAAGUUGACUGCUUUUAGAGGAGCCGAGACAACGAGUUCAUCUCGCGCCAGAUUUAUUCUUCCCGAGAUUAAUAAAUUAUCAAUGGAAGUAAAAUCUGGUUCUCUUGCUAUGCUGUUGGUUAGCUGUGCUGAUAUAACAAAUCCAACAGCGAUUGAUCUAACAAAGGAUCAUAUGUUUUCUCCAUCAAAUGACGGUUACUGUUUAAUGGGGAAGAUUCCUAUUGAUUUUCUUCAUUUUUCACGGGAGAAAUCGCCUAACAUAAGUUUAGGAGAGCGAGCUCAGUUUAUCUCAACCGUUAGCUUGAAAUCAUGCUAUAUGAAGUUGAGUUGUACAGACAGUGAGAAAAGCCUAUCGUUUCAUUUUCCCCAUAAUUCCGAAGCUGUGAGUAUAUUGCAGCAAGUACCAGUUAUUAUAACAGCAGAAGAGCUUGGGGCGAAAGAUAUAUCGCCUUAUGACUUGUAUUCAUACAACAACAUUCCUACUGAUAAACUGUCUCAGGUCAUAAGGCUAAGAACAGGAAAUGUCAUAUUCAACUUCAAAUACUACAACAAUAUGCUGCAAAGGAGUGAAGUUACAGAAGAUUAUUGUUGUGCUUUCUGCUUGCUAAAAUGUGCAAGUUACAAGGGCCUGAGAUAUCACUUGCUCGCCUGUCACGAUCUUUUUAACUACGAGUUCUGGGUUGAUGAGGAUUAUCAAGUUGUGGUUGUAUCUCCUACGACCUCCACUUCUGAGAUUUUCGGCAGAACGGUUGAUCCUAGAGAACAGUCAUUUUUCUUUUGCCAUAAGCCCUCGAGAAGCAGAAAAUCCGGGAGACAAAAUCAAGCGGGUCAACUUGCAUUGGGUUCACAUAUGCCUCCAGCACUUGGUGUUUCUGAGCGUAUGGAUUGUGAAAUAUACAGUCCUAACGCUGUAGGUGUGUCGAGUGUUGCUGGUAUCACAUCAUGUGGACCCGAAUCUACUUCCCAAUCAGUACCAGGAAGCAGCAGCAUUGCACCAACCGCACUCUUGCAAUUUGCAAAAACUAGAAAGUUAUCAGUCGAACGUUCCGAUCCUAGAAACCAAGCGCUGUUGCAUAGAGGCAGUUUCUUUCAUUCUCAUAGAGCUCAGCCAAUGGCACCAGAGUACGUGUUUGGCGAUGAAGAUAGUGAGGAUGAGGUUGAUGAUGACGUUGCUGAUCUUGAAGACCGAAGGAUGCUUGAUGACUUUGUCGAUGUUACGCAACACGAGAAGCAAAUGAUGCAUCUAUGGAACUCAUUCAUAAGAAAGCAACGGGUGCUAGCGGAUGCACAUGUUCCCUGGGCUUGUGAGGCAUUUUCAACCCAGCAUGGAGAAGAAUUUAUCCGGAACCCAGAAGUACUCUGGUGUUGGAAUUUGUUCAUGAUUAAGCUAUGGAACCAUGGUCUUCUUGAUGCUAAGACGAUGAACAGCUGUCACUUGAUACUAGAGAACUUUCGGGAGCAAAAUCGAAGCCAACCAACCAACUGAUUCUUCUGAAAACGAAAAUUGAUGAUGCGUUUCGAUAUAAUUUUUUUCAUAUUAGUGGUAAGAACACAGUAUAUGUUAGCAGUUUGAGCGGAAGUUCAUAUUGUUGUGUUGUUAUGCGGUGGACAUGGGUUCUGAUGCUUGGUUUAGCAAUUCAUACAUUCUUUGGUUCCGGUUGUUGCUGGAACCAUAAAGUUAUGAACGUCACAUAACCAAUCAAAUGAAAUCAUGUACUUUUUAAGGCGCA